AUGGAGCCGCCAAAGAAGCAGGUUGUGAAGCCGCUUCUAGAAAGAAAACAGGUUGUGAAGCCGCUAAGGAAGCAAGUUGUAGAGCCGCUUCCACAAAGGAAGCAGGCCAUGGAGGCGCUAAUGAAACAGGCUGUGGAGCCGCUUCCAGAAAGAAAGCAGGCCAUGGAGCCACUAAGGAAGCAGACCAUGGAGCUGUCAGGAAAAAAGAAGCAAGCUAUGGAGCCGCUUCCAGAAAGAAAGAAAGUCAUGAAGCUGCCAAGGAAGCAAGUUGUGAAGCUGCUUUUAGAGAGAAGACAGGUUGUGGAGCCGCUUUCAGAAAGGAAGCAGGCUGCGGAGUCGCUUUCAAAGAAAAAACAGGCUGUGGAGCCGCUUCAAGAAAUAAAGCAGGCUAUGGAACCGCUAAGGAAGCAAGUUCUGGAGUCGCUUUAA